UUUGUCUAUGGUAAUGUGUGUUCUGUCAUGUCAGUUUUGUCAAAACUGCAAAUGGUCGACUGAUGUGGUCUUAGUUAAAUAAUUUCAUAAUUUCAUCGCUUUGUAUUUUAGCAUUUCAACCACGGAAUUUGGACCAAACUAUUUAUUUACCCACUAAAUGUAUACUCGACUAUACCUGAGUUGACCCAGUGUCCGUGAUCUUGAACUCUAAUUGUCAUGGGGCAAUAUUUAUACCUCUUUCAUUAGAGUAAUAAAACCAACAGCAUUUUUGGGUUAAUACACAAUACACCCAUAGCUUAAAUACUGUAAUAAUGACAACGUCUUCGGAAGACGUUUUGUUGAGCGUAAGCUACGUACGAUAUAAGAAGGGUGACGGUACCUUGUAUGUGAUGAAUCAGAGGUUGGCAUGGAUGCUGGAAAAUAGAGACACUGUUGCUGUAUCGCACAAAUAUGCUGAUAUAAAAACACAAAAGAUAUCACCAGCUGGUAAGCCUAAAGUGCAACUGCAAGUGGUGCUCCAUGAUGGAACAUGUUCCACAUUCCACUUCGUCAAUCCUGCGGGCCCAGAAGCGCAGGCUAAGGAUCGGGACCAGGUGAAAGGGUUGCUGGUGAAUCUGUUACCUAAGUUUAAGAGGCAAAUUGAUGGAGAACUAGAGAUGAAGUCCAGGCUCUUGUCUCUUCAUCCAACUCUGAAGCAUUUAUAUGAAGACUUAGUGAUAUCAAAAGUGAUUAAUAGUGAAGAGUAUUGGAACACACCCACUUUGAAACAUUAUACUGAAUGUAAUAAUAUUAAGCAGGAGGCAGGUGUCUCCGGAGCUUUUCUAGCGGACAUCCAGCCCCAAACAGAUGGCUGCAAUGGCCUCAAAUAUAAUCUCACACAGGAUAUAAUAGACGCUAUAUUCAAAACAUACCCUGCCGUCAGAAAGAAACAUAUAGACUAUGUGCCCAAUAAGAUGACUGAAGCGGAAUUCUGGACCAAAUUCUUUCAAUCUCAUUAUUUUCACAGAGACCGCAUAGCGUCAUCUUCCAGCAAAGAUUUAUUUGGAGAAUGUGCAAAACUAGACGACCACGCCAUUGCCUCAGCUAUGAGACACACCACACUGGACCUCACGGUGGACCUGCCUAAAUUCUCGGAGCCUAUUCCUCUCUUACCCACGGACGACGACGCCCCCGUUGAGAAAGAUAAAGGAGACAGCACGUCCAUACAUAGGAAUAUGAUCAAACGAUUCAACCAACAUUCUAUUAUGGUGCUCAAAGCUAGUCAAAAAACAAAUUCUAGUAGUAGUGAUAGCAAUAGUAAAACUACAAACAAUAACAAUAAAGUGGUAGAAAAUGGGGUUAAAGAAACAAAUGGCACCGCUGAGAAGAGGCCAGCUGAUGAAAAAAAUGCUUCAGAGCCCGUCGACAAGAGAAGGAGGAUAUUAGAGAAGAUACAUUAUGAGGAUCUAGAAGAUUCAAAUAGGAAUGAAGAUGCGCAGGAACUGAAAUUAUCCAAGAUUGAAAGGUAUUUAUUAGGACCGUCGUCACAAGUGAAUCAAUCAAGUUCGAGUACGAAUCACCCACCGCCUUUGUCGGCUCUAGCUUCAAUAUGUCAGGCGUGGUCGAGCGGGCAGCAGUGCGCGCGGCCGAUGCGCGUGGGCGCGGCGGGCUGCGUGGCCGCGCUCGGCGAGCUCAGCCCCGGCGGCGCGCUCAUGCGGCAGCACCACGCCGCCGCCAUGGCGCAACUAAUCCCGGCCGACGUGAAGUCCGAGCUGAACCGGAUGUACCUGUCGGCGGGCGAGCUGCUGCGCGAGCUGUGGCGCUGCUUCCCCGCGCCGGCCGCGCCCGCGCAGGAGGCGGACAGCGCGCGCGCAGACAAGUUCUACGAGGCGCUGCUGCGCUUCAGGAACGUCAAGCUGAGGCCGUUCGAGGAGAAAAUGCUUCACGACCUGACACCACUAGCGACAUCACUUACGAAACACAUCAACCAAAUGAUAGACGUGGCCUGUACGAAGUACGCGCUUUGGCAGCAAAGGCAAGCCAAACUUCGGUAGUAUUUCAGUACCAGAGGACUUAUUCUUGGUGUCAUCGAGAUCUACAUACUUUUUGUGUUUAUCCAACAAAGCUGGCACAUAACUGCCAUAACCAGUAUCUGAUUCUUACAAAGUGGAAUACGCCAAAAUGUCGACAUAAUCUGCACUGGGGCCUUACCAUGAUGUCCUUAUUGCGAUUAUGUUUAGGACCUAAACUGUUUUGAUUUUUUAAAUUCUCUCGUGUGACGUAAUUAAUGGUUGACCCCUCAUUUUAAUGUUUUUUCUUGAAUAUUCAUACUUGUAAGUCAAAGGUUUUGGCUAUUAUAUUAUGUAGUAUACCCGUAGAUCGAUUACGGUGACAACGAGAAUAGGUCUGCAAUAUGUUUGCAUUAUAAUAAGUGUCAAUAGUAAUUAAAAUUGAUCACUUUGAAUGGAACUUGCCAUACAAUGUAACCCGUUUUCCUUGCUUGACUUGAGGAUUAAUAUCAACUGUAAAUUAUACUCUAGAGGGCCUUAUGGUCCGUAUCUUUUUAAAUUGUAUGUUAAGUUAAGUGAAGAGAGUAACUAAUUUGAAUAAUUAUUGGCAUAAAUGAUUUGUGAUACUUCAAAAAUUUAAAUUAUAUAUAAUCUUCCCAAUAAAAAAGUGCUAUGUUCACUGACCACCAAAUAAUGUAAAAUACAAUGUUACCUAUAAAAUUACUUUCUUUUACUGAACAUAGUAAGUGUU